AUGGAUGAUACAUAUGGUGAUCCUUCACUUUCAGGAGAUGAUGAUGAAACUGAUGAUAGCUAUGUUGGUCUUUCUGAUGGAGAUGAUGAUGAAACUGAUGAUAGCUAUGUUGGUCUUUCUGAUGGAGAUGAUGAUGAAACUGAUGAUAGCUAUGUUGGUCUUUCUGAUGGAGAUGAUGAUGAAACUGAUGAUAGCUAUGUUGGUCUUUCUGAUGGAGAUGAUGAUGAAACUGAUGAUAGCUAUGUUGGUCUUUCUGAUGGAGAUGAUGAUGAAACUGAUGAUAGCUAUGUUGGUCUUUCUGAUGGAGAUGAUGAUGAAACUGAUGAUAGCUAUGUUGUUGAUAUUCUUCUUAGCUUUCCCAUUGAGACGCUUCAUCAAGCGAUUAAUGGACCGGAUAUUAUCAUCAAACGUCAAGUGACCCCAAGGAAAGGUUUUGCAAUCCUCCACAUCGUUGACGAUUCUUAG